GGAAGUACGCGCGGGCCCUCACCAGUUGGUUAGCGUCCCUUGGCAGUGGCCCGGAGAGGUCUCUUGGUAGGCGGGCGGGCUCCCGCUCUUCCAUCUAGCUCCGUGUCGCGCGUCCCCUCGCCCUCGGACCCGCUUGGGGCUAAGGCCAGGUCCUAGACCUGCCUGCUGGCCGUGCGUGUUCCGCAGUGUCCCGCGCGUAACCACGCGCGUGUGCAGUUGCCGUGCUCCGAGUCGGCGGCAAGGCGAGGGCCCCUUGUUGUCAGACCUCAUCUGUUGAGAGAGGUACCAGCACAUUCCAGGGAUGUACAUGCAGGUGGAGACACGCACCAGCUCCCGCCUCCAUCUGAAGAGGGCUCCGGGCAUCCGGUCCUGGUCCCUGCUAGUUGGAAUCUUGUCAAUUGGCCUGGCUGCUGCUUACUACAGUGGAGAUAGCCUAGGCUGGAAGCUCUUCUACAUCGCAGGCUGCCUGUUUGUGGCUGUGCAGAACUUGGAGGACUGGGAGGAGGCUGUCUUCAACAAGAGCACUGGGAAGGUCGUGUUGACAACCUUCAGCCUCUACAAGAAGCUGCUGACUCUUUUUCGAGCAGGCCAUGACCAAGUGGUGGUCCUGCUGAAUGACAUCCGCGAUGUGAAUGUGGAGGAAGAGAAGGUCCGCUACUUUGGGAAGGGCUACACAGUGGUGCUCCGGUUUGCGACAGGCUUCUCCCACCCCCUCACCCAGAGUGCUAUCAUGGGCCACCGCAGUGAUGUGGAAGCUGUGGCCAAGCUCAUCACCAGUUUCCUGGAGCUGCACCGCCUGGAGAGUCCUGCAGAGCUGUCCCAGAGCAGUGACAGUGAGGCCGGUGACUCUGGGAGCCAGAGCUGACCACCUGGGUGUGGCUGCAGAUGAGCACUGCCUAGAGAGCCCCUUGGCCUUGGCUUCUGACAGCACCUCCAUUUGAAUCUGCCUCCUGCUCGCUCACGCCGCUGCUUCUACCCACUGUGCAAAACCAUGAAGUGGACCUUCUUCAAGGACCAGGAAGGGCUGGGCAGCGAGUCUGUUGGGGCAUGGCUGUCCUGUGAAGGAAGUGCAUGGACUGUGGGCUUAGAAAUCAUUGUGUACCCUGGAAUUGGACAGUAGCCCUGGUGAGGGUGCUGGAUGCUAUGGCCUGGUCUAGACAGACCCACCCACCACCUCUCAAGUGGAAAGGACACUGGGCUUUCUCUAAUGUAGGACCUGGACCUGUCCUUCUUGCAGCCAGUUUUACUAGCCCCAGGAUGAUGCAGGGUUUCAUUCAGCCCAUAGGUCACAGUGAGACUUCCUCGUGCAUGUGGAGACAGCCAGCAUUGGGUCAGGACCCAUAAGCACUGACGCUGAUACGUUGUCGCCAAUGUGGCAUUCCCUCCCUGGGUAAAGUCUCCAGUGGUCAGGGGCUUCCUUAAGGGCAGUCCUGGAUGCUGUGGUGAGAAGUGGACCCAGGACCCACCUGACUGCCCCUUACCCACACUAGGGACAUUACUGCACAGACCAGGCUGUGUUCCCAUGGACGAGUCCCUCCACUCUGUACCCUCAGCCUAGGCAGAAGCUACCAGCCCAGAAAAAAAGAUCAAUUCUUCUAGUAUCGCACAGUGCCUAAAAACCAGGAGCUCCUCUGCAGAAACCGAGUUCAGCCUCUCUGGAACCUGGAGGGGACCAGACUCUUGGCUGUGCCCCCCAUAGGAGCCAAGUGCCAGUUGUCCUGCCCACACCUGACCAUGCCUGUGCUCUCAGACUCCUCUCGCGUGGACCCAGGUUCCUCCAAGGUAUAGCAUGUACUGAGGGUGCCCAACCUGGCCCCAGGCCUGAGCCAUGGACUCCUGGUCCCUCCCAGCCCAAAGGCUGCACACCUAAAAUGGCCAGGUGGAACCGGAACACCACCACAUCAUCCAGACACAGGACUCUGAGGCUGCUUCAGGGCCAUCACCUGGACCCAGGCAGGGCUGUGAUUGUGUCCCACAUCAGGCUAUACCUCCGCAAGAGCAGACGGAGGAGUGAGAUCUUCCUCGGUCAUCACUGCCGGCCAGUCCCUGGUUGGGGGUCAUGGUCAUUUAAACAUGCCAAAGAGGAUUUUAAACUAUUACAUCUGAAAUGUUUAUUACAUCCAAAAUGAAAAGUGUAAAAUGCAGUAAUCUGAGGUUUCUGAUACAUUCACUCAUGGGGUACAAGAAGAUACGUUAAGUGAGGGAGUGGGAGCCAUAUGACUGGGUCCCUGGACACCUGGUGCUGCCCUGGCCCUUCCUCCUGCACUGCCUAGGAUUGGGCUUAUUCCUGAAUGUGGGACUGAACCCAGCUGUAAACCAGGGCAGUCAAAAAGUCUCUCAAAUUUCCACUAGUGACUUCUAGCUUUCAUUGUCCUUUUUAUUUCAGAAGAAUAAAGUUGUACAAGCAGAUCAUAA